AAAACAUUAAUUAGGUAAACAAGUACAAUCUGCUUCACCUUCCUCAUCUUUGCAAUUUUCGCUCAUCUGUGAAAAUAUCCUCCAUUAGAGUAGGGACCCAACAAGCAUCACAUGGGUCUCUGUUUCUCGUCUCCUAAAGCCACCAGACGUGGCACCGGUAGUCGGAACCCUAAUCCUGAUUCUCCGACGCAGGGGAAGGCGAGUGAGAAGGUUAGUAAUAAAAACAAGAAGAAUACGAAGAAGAUCCAAUUGAGGCACCAAGGAGGGAUCCCGUACGGUAAACGCAUCGAUUUUGGGUACGCUAAGGAUUUCGAUAACCGAUACACCAUUGGGAAAUUGCUCGGACAUGGCCAGUUUGGCUUUACCUACGUCGCCACCGAUAACAACAAUGGCAAUCGCGUUGCAGUCAAGAGAAUCGACAAGGCCAAGAUGACUCAACCGAUUGAAGUGGAAGAUGUGAAGCGAGAGGUUAAGAUACUACAAGCUUUAGGUGGGCAUGAGAAUGUGGUAGGCUUUCACAAUGCAUUUGAGGACAAGACCUAUAUUUACAUUGUCAUGGAGUUAUGUGACGGUGGUGAAUUGCUAGAUCGAAUACUAGCUAAGAAAGAUAGCCGUUACACCGAGAAAGAUGCAGCGGUUGUGGUGAGACAAAUGCUGAAAGUUGCAGCUGAAUGUCAUUUACGAGGUCUAGUUCACCGCGACAUGAAGCCAGAGAAUUUUCUGUUCAAAUCAACCGAAGAAGGUUCAUCUCUAAAGGCUACAGAUUUUGGUCUGUCGGACUUCAUAAAGCCAGGAGUGAAAUUUCAGGAUAUAGUAGGAAGCGCAUACUACGUUGCACCUGAAGUGUUGAAACGUAGGUCAGGACCUGAAUCAGACGUUUGGAGUAUUGGUGUCAUCACUUACAUUCUGCUCUGCGGGAGAAGACCCUUCUGGGAUAAGACUCAAGACGGAAUAUUCAAUGAGGUCAUGAGGAAAAAACCUGAUUUCAGAGAAGUCCCAUGGCCAACCAUUAGCAACGGUGCCAAAGAUUUCGUGAAGAAGUUGUUAGUUAAGGAGCCUCGGGCACGGUUAACAGCAGCUCAAGCGCUAUCACAUUCAUGGGUGAAAGAAGGAGGUGAGGCCUCAGAGGUUCCAAUAGACAUAUCUGUUCUUAACAAUAUGCGUCAGUUUGUGAAAUUCAGCCGUCUGAAGCAGAUUGCACUUAGGGCUCUGGCGAAAACAAUUAAUGAGGAUGAGCUGGAUGAUCUCAGAGACCAGUUUGAUGCGAUUGACAUUGACAAGAACGGUUCUAUAAGCCUUGAGGAAAUGAGGCAGGCUCUUGCGAAAGAUGUUCCUUGGAAACUCAAAGAUGCAAGAGUUGCAGAGAUUCUCCAAGCGAAUGAUAGCAACACUGAUGGUUUGGUGGAUUUCACUGAGUUUGUGGUGGCUGCUUUGCACGUGAACCAAUUGGAGGAGCAUGACUCUGAGAAGUGGCAACAGAGGUCAAGAGCAGCAUUUGACAAGUUUGACAUAGACGGAGAUGGGUUUAUAACUCCCGAAGAACUUAGAUUGCAAACGGGUUUAAAAGGCUCCAUCGAACCACUUCUUGAAGAGGCCGACGUAGAUGAAGAUGGGAGAAUCAGCAUCAAUGAGUUUCGCAGACUUUUGAGAAGUGCAAGCCUCAAGUCAAAAAAUGUUAAAAGCCCUCCUGGUUACCAGCUUUCACAAAAGAUGUAAAUUACUUUUUAACUUCUCAAAUCACCAAGUCCACAAACUCUAAUCUCCCAUGUACAGGAACAGAACACAUCAUUUGUCACAAUCUGUUAGAUGGGAUUUGUAUAGAGGAUACCGAGGAACGCACAUCUGCCGUUAGGUUUGAAUAUGUUUCUCAAGUCUUAUAACAUCGGUCAUAGACAAUAGUUCAGUUGCAAAGAGAUAUAAGCAAAUGCUUUUGUGUUUUAUUUGCUUGUGAUAAGAAUACAUCGUUAAUCAUGUGGAUAAUCUACAACAAGUUUAAUCAUGGUACCUUCUCAAUCACGGUAUUAAACACAAGUUCA